AUGGAUUUCUCAGACGAUGUCUUUGGUGGUUUGUACGAGCCAUUCGCAGGCCUGAAUGAGAUGGAUUUCAAGCUGCACGGUAUCUACAUGGAUCAUGAACCUCAUAAUGAUUUUCUAUCCCAUCUGAACAAAUGUAAGGAUUCCUUUCUGAAUGUACUUCUUAGUGAUGAUAAUCUACGCAAUUCUAGCAUAGCUGAUGAGGUUAGAGCACAAGUUUAUCAUGUUGGUGACUGGAAAAGUGAUGAAGAGGUUAUCGAAGAUAGAGAGAAAGUGAAGAAGAAGCACAUAAUUCAUGAUCGAAAUACAAUAUGGGAUCUUAUGGAACCCAAGUUAGGUGACAUGUUUGAGUCUAUGGCACAACUAAAGUUUUGUAUGCAAAACUAUGCAAUGACAAACGAAUAUGGGCUGUAUUAUGAGAAAUGUAUCCCUCCACCGCCUAAUACACGACGCUUCUUCUCUGGCGACAAAGGUUCCGGUUCACGCCUUCUACAUCUGUCGCUGCUCCUUUUUAAAGAAACAGACGACGCUUUCUCGACUGGCUCUCUUCUUCUUCUUCUCAGAUUUUGUUUCUUCACAUUGAACACACCAUCGUCUGCUUUGGUUGUUGCCGUUUGGACAUGGGGGAUUGGAGUUUCGGGAGAAGGAACCAAGGCUCGAGGAUAUUCAACUUUCAGCUUAAAGCUUAAGGUUUUCGAGGCUACAAAGAAUGGCUGGAGAAUCAUGGUAGAGCCUGUGUGGAUUAUGUCAUAUUUUGACGAAUUGGAAUUAAAGAUUCCAUUCAAAUAG